UGGUGUGCUGUGUGAUUCCUUUGUGCUGGAUAUCUGCUUGUCUUCAACAAAGGAGAAAAGCUACAAUGGCCUCUGCUAUGGCUGACAAAGAAGAAACUGCCAAGACCUCCGCAGAGGUGAAGGCAGAGGAGCAGCAGGAUAUAGUAAAUCAGUUAGCUAACUUGGCACUGAUCAGCUCUGCCUGUGACAUGGUUUAUACAGUUUAUGCCUCCACGAAAGAGAGCCACCCCUACAUCAGAACAGUGUGUGAUGCAGCAGAGAAAGGAGUGAAGAGCAUGACUGAAGCCACAACCAGCUGUGUGCAGCCAGUACUGGUUACUAUGGAGCCACAAGUGGCUGCAGCAAAUGAGUGUGCCUCUAAGGGUUUGGAUAAACUAGGAGAGAAGCUUCCGCUUCUUCAAAAGCCAGUGGAUCAGGUUAUCUCUGAAACAAAAGAGCUGGUGUCAUCCACAGUGGCUGAUGCAAAGGAUAUUGUGAGCAGCAGAAUGGCUGGUGUGGUAGAUGCAACAAUGGAGGCCCUUCACAGUGGUGUGGAGGCUGCCAGAUCUGCAGUGACCAGCAGCGUGGGGAUGGUUAAGGACUUUAGAGUGGGCCAGAUAGCUGUAAGCAGAGCAGAAGCUGUGCUGGAGAGAACAGGAGAUGACAACUCUCUCCCCAUGGGAAAUGAAGAACUAGCCAAACUUGCAGCAUCUGGGGAGGGUGCAGAUAUGUCUGUGGAGCUGCAGCAGCAGAAGAGGAGGUAUUUUGUGCGGUUGGGGUCUCUCUCUGAUGAACUUCUCCAGUUUGCCUACCUGCACUCGAAGGAUAAAAUUAAGCAGAUCUGGCAGGGCUUGCGGGAGGCCCUUGGACAGCUUCACAGCAUCAUUGAGCUGAUUGAGGUGUUCAAGCAAGGAUUUAAUCAAAAGCUUCAGGAGGAGUUGCAAGCGCAAUUGUGCCAGAUGUGGCUGGAUUGGACUAGGAAGCUUCCUGAUGAGAGCGGGGAUAACAGCUUUGCAAAGCCGGAGGAGAUGGAGUCUCUGGCCCUACUCCUAGCACAUAGCAUCAUACAGCAGCUGCAAAUCACCUGCUCUAAAGUUGUGUCUGCAAUCCAAGGCCUUCCAUCAAGCCUUCAGGAUAGGUUGAAACACUCUUUUAAUACCAUAGAGGAGCUUCAUGCUGCUUUCUUGGCAGCAAAUUCCUUCCAGGACUUGUCCAGCACUGUCUUGGGCCAGAGUCAAGAGAGACUGGCUGUGAUCUAUGAAUACAUGGAGGAGCUGCUGGACUACCUGUCAGACAACAAGCCUCUGUCCUGGCUGGUGGGACCAUUUUCCCCUAGGGAGGAGGAGGAAGCCUUGCAGGAGAAAGAAGCAAACACAAGUUUCUGACGAUCUUGAAGCUCCACAGGUCUGGCUGGCAUGACUUGCCUAGCACUUGGUCUUGGCCUUACAUAAUAAACUUUCUAGCUGAAAAUGGGGUUGACACACUUUGGAUGACUUUUUAUAUUCUAGUGAGUAGUCUUUAGCAGCUUCAAAAGGAGGUGGUGGAAUUAGCAGUGCCACUAUGUGGUGCCCAAGGCUGGAAGUAUAGACCUGAAGGUCUUCAAUGUUCCCACCUCCCUUGGAAGCUGUUCAUGGUAUGUCUCCAUCAGUGCAUCCAGCCUAUAUCCAAAGCAAUAACUGCAUCUUUCAGAUAGUAUGCAAUUUAAAGAAUUCCUCCUAGAAGCUGCUUGUAUAGGUACCCUACUUAAAAUAAAACUAUUGCAUGCAGAAACUCAUACUGUAUCUCGUAUCUUAUGAUGAGACCCUGCAAGAGUGAGUAUUGCUCAUCAUGAUCUACUUUUCCCUCCUUCAAGAGUUCUUGUCCCUUCCAAUUAAAUUAAAGAAGAAAAGCAGUCCUGUUUUAGUUGCGGACAAGUCUGGGUUCAGAAACUUGCUUCAAAACCUCUAAGCAGUGGCAUUCAGCCUUGUAGGCUGUCCUUCCAGGUGGAUGACAUGACUUAUUUAUUCUUCAAAGAACCAAGAGAUGCCUCUAGAUUAGGUGGCUUGUCCUUAUGGUGGCUUCAGCUUGCUAGACAUUAACUGGAAGUACCACAUAGCUGAUAUAGACAGGUGCAGGAGAUUUCUAAAACAUCUUGAUGACAGUAAAUUCUUGGUACAUAGAUACAUACUAUGGAUAAUGACUAGGAAUGGUGCUUGUAGAUAUUUUGCUUUUAAAAAGAGAGAGUCCUGUGGGUGAUGUGGUUAUUGGAGGCUGUCUUGCCCAUAGUGGGCAUGAAGUAGUUGAGUUUAAAACCUUUGAUCUGCUGCUAUGUGGUGAACAUAUCCCAGCCUGCAGCAGGAUAGUGGGUUGCAGUGACUUC